GGGGUGUUGGCACCACUGCAGGUCUCCCCGGGGGCCGCCAGUGGCAGCAGGUACUGUGUGUGGGCCGGUCGCUGUGUCGUGUUUUACCCCAUUUGUCCUUAUGUGUGACGUGAUGAUGAGUAAGGCUAGUGUGCGGACACAUACACAGUAAUGUCAGAAUGACGGCUGACACGUCAGCAAUCACUAAUGCCAGUAUGGGGAGGAAAGGUGAGAAAGAAGUGAUACAUUCUGGCCACUUUAUGGUCUCUGAUUUCGAAGCUGAGGCCCAGGAUGACGAGGAGAACGUCCUGCUGGAGAUCCCUGGGGAUAUAUAUGCUGGGUGUAGUGACCCUUCACGGGGAAAUGUGCCUCAGGAGGAAGAAGGAGUCAUUACCUACGCCAAGAAGAACAGAGCUGCCAGGAUUGAGACCGUCAGCAUUGACAGUUCCCUCACUAAGCUCUUCAACGCCAUGUCCAUAGCUUACAGGCACAAGAUUACCUCACCCAAGUGGAACCGCUUCAAGGGCCUCAAACUACGCUGGAAGGACAAGAUUCGCCUUAACAACGUCAUCUGGCGCUGCUGGCACAUGCAGUUCAUCAGAAAGAAGAGGAUGACGGUGUGUCAGUUCGCCCUGGACGUAGACAUCCACAAUCGACCUGAGGCCAUCGUGCUAGAAGGGAAGUACUGGAAACGUCAACUGGAUGCGGUGACAGCAGAGUACAAGAAGUGGAGAAUCUAUUACAAGAACAAGAUGUGUGGGAGCAGCCUUCUUGACAAUGAUUCGUCAAGGUGCAAGUCGAAGGAAAAAUCUAAAUCAUUAAAUGAAAAACAGAUAAAGUCAAUCUUUGACCUGGAAGGUAUGGACUUUUCACGAAACUAUGGAAUGCCAGUAUCGUUGGAGGAUGGAGAUCUGACGGAGUUCAUGGAUUUCACCGAUGUUCUCUUUUCAUCGCUUAUUAGCCCACCUCAGCCUUUUGCCUUCCCAAACCCUCGAGAAAUUGCUCGUGGUACUGGAAAUUCUGAUUUCAUUCAGCCGGGGCUCAUCCAGUUGCAGCCAAAUCUUGAUGAUUUUAUGGACAUUGUGGAGCCUCUGCAAGAAAUGCUGGCGGGUCGAGGGCUGCCAACUGUACCCGAGGAGGACUUUCUUCCUGAAGUUGGCGAGACGCCCGAACUGCCACCGAACUCUCCGCUCAACGCCUCCCCGCUCCAGUACACUGCCAGGGUCACCACUGCUUUCCUCGAGUCCACUUCUCCCACCAACUCACCAUCACACAAGCCCCCCACCCACCAACACUCUCCAGUCUACAGGAGCACCCAAAUACCUAUCCAACAAGAGCAGCAGCAGCCCGAUCAGGCGCAGCUGGUAGCCCUGCCCGCUCAGUCUCCCCCAAUAUCCUACCAAACAUCCCUGGCGAGGUCUCCUCUCCUCACCUCUCAACCCCAGCAGACGAUACAGCCCCAGCAGCCUUCCUCGUCCCAGCUGCAACACCAGCAGCCUCACACUCCGCCCCAACAAUCUCAUACACCUCCCCAGCAGCAGCAGCAGCUGCAGCAACAGUCACCCGGUUCUCCUCGCCUGCAGCAGCAACAACAACAGGCUCCACGCUCUUUCAUCCGAAGGCACAGUCAGCAUGACCUUAGCACACAGCAUCAGGCAGUUUCACACCAUGACAACCCCUUCGCCAUCCCUAAGUCUUUACCGAGGCGAAGAUCACAUAGUUCUGGUGGAAUUAAUUGUAGCAGUGGAUUACUGGGUUCUCCAUCCUUAGCGCCUCACCAGGUGAUUGGUUCGGCUCCAGUGACUUCCCUGCCACAUUCAAGUAUUGCUAUCACAUCUGCUACAGUCACAACCCUUCCCCAACUUGCUCCCGCUCUGUCAUCAGGCACCGUUCAGGGUCCCAGCACAUCUUUAGUGUCCGCACCUAUAAUAACUUCAGUACAAUCGGCUAACUCAUCUGCAGGCUCAGCACUUCUUGCUCAACUUCUUACAUCAGGCUCAUAUCCAGUUAAUAGUUGUCAAUCAGCCAGUGACAAACACUUGGCUAGUAUCACCAAUGCCAAUCAGUUGAAUAAUUUGAGGAGCUGCAACAUGACAGUCAACAGUUGCAACAGUAUUAAAGCAUCUCUGGUGAUACCUGGUGUUAUCACAGGUAAUGAGAGUGCAAGUAGCAGUUGUAACAGCAGUAACAGCAGCAUCUGUAGCAUCAGCAGUAAUAACAACAUGAAGCCAGUAGUAACUGCUUCCUUAAUUGUGCCUCCUAUCACCCUCUCUGCUGUCACACCAUCAACGCUCAAGAAUCAGCCCUUCUCACAGAUUACUUCGUGGAGCCCAUGUUCACCGCAGGGGAUAAUGAAGCAUUCUCCACCACAUGCAGAACCUACCUCCCCUCUUAUGAUGAAUAUCCCUUCACCACCUAAUAAACAAUUUAGAAUCAAGAGUGAUUCAGAACGAGUUCAGUAUAAAGAGCACCGCAGAGUUUGUCACAUAAACGCAGAACAGAAACGUCGCUCAAAUUUGAAAAAUAACUUUGACAUUAUGCACCAGCUUAUUCCUUCCAUUAAUCAAAAUGCUAAUGCCAAGAUCAGUAAAGCAGUAAUGUUGCAGAAAGGAGCAGAUUAUAUCCAGCAACUGAAAUCUGAGAGACAACAGCUAACAGAACAGGCAGAAAAACUUCGAUCGCAGAUAGAAGUUCUGUGUUGCGAGAUAAGUAAUGCCCAAGCCUUGCUGCCAGCUACAGGAGCUCCAAUGACACAUGCUCGUUACAGCAAGCUGAAGGAGAUGUUUAACAGUUAUGUUCGUGAGCGUACACUAGCAAACUGGAAGUUCUGGAUUUUUUCUUUAAUCACAGAACCUUUGUUAGAGUCUUACAACAGCAGUGUCAGUACCAGUUGCUUAGACGAUCUUUGUCGCUCCUCCCUUGCAUGGCUCGAUCAACAGUGUUCUCUCAACAUCCUUCGACCAUUGGUGUCAAGCUCAAUGCGCAAGCUAAGUACUACCACAAAUGUCCUGGCUGAUCCUGAAAGUCUCCCAGAGGAAGUAUAUCGUCGGGUUACUAAGCAGGAGGGAGACAGGUUCCAUCACCGGUGAUCCUGGGCCCAGGUUUCACUGUGUAAACUAUAUGCCAAGCCUUGGAGAUCACAGAUGGACCCCUAGUGUUGGAACCCAAUGGUGAAGAGGGAAGCCUGUCUUGUGAAAUAUAAUAUUUGGCAUAAUACUACUAUGUUUGAGGUAAAAAAAUUUAAGUCUUAAACAUCUGAAAAAAUUAAUAAACUGAAAAGGUUAUCUCAUCUUGCAUUAGUUGUGAAUGGAAUUUCUAACUAGAAAACACUUCAAAGUUAAAACUGAUAUUUGCUUUAGUUGUCCGAUGUACAGGAGAAUCUGUCAGGCAUUUGUUCUUCCAAGAUAGUAUCUAUAUUUUUUGUAUUUGAAACUUUUUAACAUUAUUUUUCCAAUGUAAAUUCCUGUGAGAAAUUUCUGCACAUUUUAACACAUUUUUAGAUCCUUUGCAAAAAUUGGCAGCUUUCCUUUUAAGUUUAGCAGGAACUCUAUAUUGUACAGAAUAAAAUGAUUUUUGUUAUAAAUCGAUUCAUCAUAUCAAGACAGAUCAAAACUUAAAUUUGUAUCUGUCACUAAUGCUGUCUCCUAUGUUAAGGGUAAUUCUAGUAAUUUUCUUUCUUCUUUUUAAAACUCUCUAACCAUACAUUUUGGUCAUGCGUGCAUCUCUUACAAAGUUGUAUAUAUUCUUUUAUCGUACGUGGUCUCUCAAAGCUCUAUAUUAUAUUUAUUGUUAUGUAGUUGUCUGUUCGUAUCUUUUAUUUCUGAUUUGCUUAUUAAAAAUUAAUGCUGUUCCAAUUGUCAAAUUUUGUUUUCAGAAUUGUUUUAUAAUUUUACUUCCUAAUCCCUAUAGAAUUAUUAUUUUUAAAUUUGUUGCAUAAAUUGUAAGAUUAGGUGACAUACAGUAAUAUCUACUGUUUGAUUUGCAAGUUUAAAAACAGCAGCUUUAAGUCCAAAUUGCACCAUAUUGAAGUCAAACAUGUACCAUAUUGAAGUCAAACAUGCACCAUAUACAAUAAAUGCUGCCAUACAAAUAUUUAGGAGUCAGCCUCUAUUAUGCAAGAGAUGGAUUCUUGGGAAAACCUUAGGACAAUCGAAUUAGAGUUUUAAGGUUAUACAUGAACCUCAGUAAGUGCAAAAUUGAAUGUAAUGAAACAUCUUGUGGUGGGCCUCUUGGUUGCUCCAGGGAGCCACUGCAGCCUGUCCUCCAAACAGAGACCCAAGAAUCUAAACACCUAACCUAAUCAGUGCCUAAAUAUGUACAAUAUGGUAAUAUGAAAUAAUAAUAAUUUAUAUUUGAGAAAAUUACCAGUGUGGUAAAAUUUAUGAAUUCGUCUUUGGGGUCGACUGCUGGAUGGAAUGGACUUCAUCUGAGGACCAGUUGGCCACUGAGAGGUCACUCCCAGAAAAUCCAUUCAGUAUGUGACUAGUAUUACUAAGUGCUAAUACUUUUCCAGCUACACACAUUCUGUAUAAAGUAAAUUUGCACAGGUGCUGUAGGAUAAUUAAAAGGUGCUGUGAUGUAAUAAAAAAAAUUGUCAUAAACAUUGCACCAAUUGCACCAAUGGCUGUAAAUCCAGCACCAGUGUUUUGUGUAGUGAAUAUCAGGGAUACUGAACUUGCAAAUAACAGAGGCUGACUACCAUAUAUAAUAUGCCAUAUAUAUUACAGUAUACAAUACUGCACAUGUAGUACUAUUUUCGUAUAAAUUUGAAAUUUGGAAGGAAACAUUUCAUUCCAUAAAGGGUCAGACUUACAGGUGAAACUUACUGAUAUGAGGAAGAACUUUUGUGAGUUGCCGAAGGCAAGCUGGCCUAAAUCUUGCUGAUUUAAUGUUAUUAAAUCGUCUUGGUGUUUUUUAUGGUUCCUGCUGGCCUUAGUACUCGUGCAUGGAUAUUGCAACCAUCUUCGUUCUUCAGAGUGUAAAAUGCAUAGAGAUGAGCAAAGUAUUAAAUUCGACAUCUAAUCACAUGCAUAAUACAUAACCUCAGGCUAGAGACAUUUCUGGUACAGUUAGAAACUCAUCAUUUUUGUUAUAAGAUCCAUCCAUAUGGUCAAAGAAGCAUAAGUAAUGAAUUAAUAUGUUUAGCCUACACAGUGAAAUCACAAGAAUGUGAUGUAGCUAUAAGAUAAUAGUGCAUGUGUCUGAGGAGUUCAGGGAUGCUGGUUCAAUCCCGUCGCAAAGCUUCAGUAUUUUCUCACGUUUAGCCUGUCAUUUUUAAAGACAAAAUUGAUCGAGUGAGUUUUAAAUUAAUAGGAAAACACGUGACAAAAUAUGUAAACGAAAAUACUUUUAAGAAUUUGUUGUAUUAGGCUGUAAAGAUAAUUGUUAAGAUAUUUGAAUAAAAUGCAAAAAUGUUAUUUUUUGCAAAUCAAUCAUGUGACUCCUGCUUAGAUUAGUCGUGUUUCCUCAUCUACCUGAUAAGAAUGACCUUGACAAUCUCAAGGAUUUUUCUGCAUGCAGGAGUUUUCCACUCUAGCUUAAUGAAUAUUCAAGUUAUUUAUAAAAAGGUCAUUGCCAAAUUCCUAAAUUUUAUUGUGAAACUUUUAAUUUAUACACAAGAACAGUAUAUAGAUUGAUAUACUGUACUACCAUUCAGUACAUACUUGCCUAUUAAAUGACACUGCAAUUGCAUUUUGCAAAAUGUGGAUAUAGAGAAUGUGCUAUAUUGGUAAGAACUGAUUAUAGAUUGUGUGAAAGAAUGUCAAUAACCAGUUAUUUACAAUUACUUUUUUUGUUUUAAACAAUAACAAAUGUGAAAUAAAUUUCUAUAUUUCUUUGUAAAUUCAGUAUAGUCAAUGUGAAAUUUGUCUAUGCUCCGUAUAUUAGUUUUUUCUUUAGCCAAUAACAAAUUGGUGUUGAGAAUUAGACUAACAAUAACUAUAUCUCUAUAACUGUCACCUGUACAUGUCAACAAUUGUAUUACACACAAAAAAGUAAAAUGUGUAAUAGUAAUAUGAUAAUUACACUGAGGUGAUUGCCAUAGGGGUGUAUAAAUGAGAAACAUUAAGGCCCAUCUGUACACACAGUGCUUGCACAGUGUAGGGAUCUCCUUGAACCAUUUCAAAAAGUAAAUUCCUCUAUCAUAUGUAACCUAGCACACCUAGUUACUACAUAUAUUUCAUGUUGUGUAAUAAUAAUUUAUUCAUACUAUAGAUAAUAUAUUGGAUUAAAGUGGUUGUGUAAAGAGUAAAGUAACUUUAUUUUAUCAAGUCACUCGUUAUGUCACAUUCAAUUUUAUUUAAACUUGAAAGCCCAGAAGAAAUUGUAUGCCAGGAACACAAUAUUUAGCAAUACUGUACCAGUGAACCAAAGACUUCCCCUACAGCAAGUUGUCAUGUUAUUUAGACGUGUAUACAGUCCUUACCUUGUUUGUAACCCUAUCAUUCUUCUUAUCAUAAUGUAAUGUUGUUAGCUUAUUCUACAAUGUAUCAUUGGUAAUGAAGUACCCCUUAGAAUAUUAGAUAACUAAAGUACCCCAUCGGGCAAAAUAUGGUUGAGUGUGUGUUAUCAAUGCUGAUUCAGUAUUACAGCAACAUUGUUGCUCAGGGGGGAUAUAGUGGGCUAUGGAGAAUUGGGCGAGGGAAUCAUAUUCUCUAAACAUAUUGUUACAAUUAUUUUGUUUGUUUUUAUAAAUUUUAACUUAAAAUUUUUAUAAGCAUUUGCUAUAAUCUAAUAUUGGCAAAUGGUAAUUAUAUUUUUAAUUUUCUAAAGGCCUGUACUUUUAAGUGAAUAGGACUCGGGUCAUACUUCAUGGGCCCAGAGGACUCGACCAAUCCCUUAAUACAGGGAGAUCCCUGCAGGUGUAGCAUACAUUCUUACAGCAUUUGAUGUUUUGUUUAACAAAUUUUGUUGUAAAGGCAGGUGCACACACACAUUCUCAUUUAUAUCCACAUUCUUGCAUGUAAACACAUACACAGUCCUGUAUAUGCACUUUAUAAUAAUAAUAAUGACUCAUUUUGUCAGGGAACAGGCAGGCAGUGUAUUAUAAUUUAUUAUUAUAUAAGCAUGUUAGGCUUAUAUGGAGGUCCCCUCAAGGUCGAACUACUGACCCUUCCCAGGAUGUAACCCCACAACAGGCUGAAUAACACCUUUACUGCUACGCGAACUGGGGCUUUAGGUGAUAGAAAACGUGCCCAACCAUUUCUGUCCCUUAUGGGAUUCGAACCCGAAAUUCCAAAUUGUGAGUCGAGAAUGAACUCAAUUAUACUACCAGGAUCCUUAAAUGUACUCAUGUAUGUUUAAAUAUACAAUUCUAUGUUUGUACAAACAUACACUCAUGUUCAAACAUACUCAUAUGCUGUAUAUGCACAUUAAUGCAUGUUCACCACAUACAUACACUCAUACAUGUACACAUAUGCAUAUACUCAUACAUAUACUUGCACAGGUGCAUGUAUGUAAAUACAUGCCCUCAUAAAUGUGAACACAAAGGCAUUCAAAUAUACACACGCAUGCACUUAGACAUUUACACACAGAUGAACCCGUUUUACUUAUGCACAUGUAUACUAAUGGAUUCGUGCAUGUACAUGCAAGCACUCGUGCACACACACACACACACAUGCAUACAUACAGUAUAUACAAGUGCAAUUACGCAUAUAAACACAUAGUAUAUGUAGUGAUGGACUUUACGGUACAAUAAAAUUACCUGUGUAGGUAAUGUGUAGUCAAACAGUGGCGGAUUAGUGCUCAAAGAGGUUGAUCGUCAAGGCAUCGCAAUCAGAGCCUCGGUAAAUAUUGUAAUUUUGUUAUAGUUUUAUUUAAAAGACAAACAAAUAAACAUUGUGAUCUGUGAUCAUUUUUAUAUUACAGUAUAUUUGUAUUUUGUUAAUACAGUAUAGGUACAAUACAGUGUACUUGAAAUUGUCAGAGUAUUUUUACACUGUUAAUAUGAUGUAGUUCACUGUCCUUCAUUAUUCCUCAAAAUUUUAUAUUUGAAAAAUUGUACUUAUAUUUCUUAAGCAUUAAGAGAUUGUUAUUUCAUAUUAGUUUUAUUUAAUACAUUCUUAAUACAUUUGAUUAAUUAUUAGACUGGUUGACUCUAGUACCUUUAAGAAUAGUGUUACAAAAAUUGAGAAUUAAAAACAAUAAAUUUAUUUAUCAUCUUUAUUAUCGUUCACUGGCAUUUACUUUUAUUAAUGGCCUUGGCUGUGUUCAUUUUAUUGCCUCUAAUUUAACCUUACAAAUCUUGAAACCUAUUGUUUUCAUCUCCAACUUAUCCAACUCUGUUCUCCUCUAUAUUUUCCUGGGAUUCAUCAUUUAAUUAUUCUUCAGAUUUAGCAAGCUUCAGUAUAAAGGUAGAUUGAUUGGGUUACUAGUACCAAUCACAUACCGUUAUUCCAACCCAUCUUCCUGAUGAGUUAGUAUUUGUUGUAACUAUGUAAACCAUUAAGCAUAUGUUGACGUAAUGGACAGUUAGAUGGUAGAAUUUGGUACUACCAGUAUUCACCUUAUUGAGUCUGGAAAAAAUGAAGCCAACACCAAACUUAAAUAUUCUGAGGCCUAGUAUAGUGCACAUAUGUACUAUAUUGGGACUCGGAUAACGUGAAUUAAGCCUAGGAUGGUUAGGAUAGAUGAGGCUUUAUUAGAAAUAUAAAUACAAAAUCUUUUUAGGUUUUCCAAAUUCAGUAGUACUAAAUACUACUUCCUAAUUGGCCAUUACGUCAAUAUAUGUAUGAUGGUCCAUAUCAUUGCUAUAAGUUUUAUCUAAACAGGAGGAGGGGUUGCUUUAUUCAGAAAACUCUGAGGUACCAUUUUGGUCUUUGAAAUUUCUUAGGUUGACCUAAUUAUGCAAGGCUGCAAUCUUUCUCUCAAGAUUCAACCAGUCAACAUAUAGUUAUUAUUUUCCUGUUAUGAAUGAUGUUACUUUUUUUUUUUUUUUUUAGUUAAUUCCUUCUUUGAAGUGUGGAGAUGCAGAAUGACCAUUGUGUAUUGGAGCAAAUUUAUUUGUACCUUAAUCAUUUAAAGCAUUGGAGACAGCUUAUUGAGUAUAGAUAUGUAAAUUACCAGUUUUAUUUAACAUGAUAUAUGUAGAUUCUUGUUAUUCUAUACAUUAUUUGCAAAGUGUCAUUGAAUAUGACAUUCACAAGAUGGUUCUUCAACAUGUUUAUGUAAGGUAUGCAUAGUUUGAGUGGCUAGUACCAUCAUUUUCAAGUACAAAUUCUUCACAGGCCAUCUGUUAAGAAAUGUUUCUCUUUCGAUGUUAAUAUUUCCCCAAACUUGAACUUUUUUUUCUCAUCUGCUGUAUAUAUUUGCUAUGAUAUAUGUAAUGAAAUAUUUAAUUAUGUUGUGCCAAGAGAUUGCAGGGAUAUCUGGAAGCAGCCAUUGCUAAUUAUAUCAGGAAAUGUAAAAGAAAAAAAUUCUUGACAUGCAUACACUGUAUAAAUAAUGAAAAAAUAAAUACUGUGUAAUAUAUAUAUAUAUAUAUAUAUAUAUAUAUAUAUAUAAUAUAGCACUAUAAUCUUUACAGUAUAUAUAGUAUUAUAUAUAUAAAAUGACAUUAUAUAUAAAAUACUGUAUUACUUUCUUGCUAUAUUUCAUAUUUCCUUUUAUCAUUUUGAUAGGCAAAUUUGGCCUUUUCAACAGCAACUUUGCAUAGUACAUGGAAUGUUGGAGCUGUAAUGAGAUUUACGUAAGGGAUGGUAUUUUUUUCACUUAAUCAUUGCCCAUCACAUUAAACAAGACCUGCAUUUUGAUUUUUGGCCGUUGAACUCGUAACAAUGUUAUGGUGGAUGUUACAUUAUGUUCCAUGAUUCAUACAUGCAUGUUAUUGCAGCUCCUUCAUGUUUUCCUAGGUUGUAUUAUUUGGUUAUCACUGUAUUCAUAAAAUGUAUUUAUUUCUUAUUUUGUUAUGUGAGAGAUGUCGGUUGACAAGUCAUAAAACAUCUCUUAUUCUCAUGAAUAGUAUGAUCGAGAUGAUUUACAUAGUAUUUAAAGAUAAGUGUGAAUGGAGACAGUUGUGAAGGUGUUUAAAUUGAAUAUAGACAUUUAUUAAA